GUUUGUGAUCUGUGUGCAGCUUACACUUGGUGUUCAGCUUCUUGUCCAGCACAAAAAUACUACAGUACGCAGUGGGUUAAAAUUAUUUUUGUACUUGCUUAUAAUUGUCCUUUACAGGUGACAAAUGAGCGAUGCCCAAAAUGUUCGAAUGACCGAGCGUAUUUCAUGCAAAUACAAACACGAUCAGCCGAUGAACCGAUGACCAUAUUCUACCGUUGCGCGAAUGUUGAUUGUGCUCAUCGAUGGAAAGACUGA